GAUUUUCACGCGUCUGGGCUACUUAAAAGGCCUUGCCGACACACUAGAGUAGAGAAACCAAUUCUCGCCGGUCUCAACUCAACCACUUUACCACAACUCUUAAAGACGCGACACAAUCCCUGCAGUAGUCUUUGAGUCACGAAACACUGCCGUUCUCGCUUCUGCAUAACCAAUUCAAUCCGCAUCACAGAUACCUGUCAAUCGCAAUGGCUGUUGAGAUCACUCCCUCCAAGCAGGCUGCAUCCGCCCUGGAUUCCUUGAAGAUGGAGUCUCCUGUCAAGAAGAUCGACUUUGCCGGAAAGGAGAACGCUCCCUUCGAUGCCGAUGCGCCCCUCGAGAUUGAGACACCAAAGCCCACCAUCGAGGCAUCCAAGGAGGACGUUGCAAAGGCGCUGGCUCCCACGAUCAAGCCAGACGAAGCCGACGAGCCUCUUUUGCGGGAGAAUGCUCAGAGAUUCGUCCUCUUUCCCAUCAAGUACCACGAGAUCUGGCAAAUGUACAAGAAGGCCGAGGCUUCCUUCUGGACUGCCGAAGAGAUUGACUUGUCCAAGGACUUGCACGACUGGAACAACAAGCUGAACGAGGAUGAGCAGUACUUCAUCUCCCACAUCUUGGCCUUCUUUGCUGCCUCUGAUGGCAUCGUCAACGAGAACCUUGUUGAGCGCUUCAGUGGAGAGGUUCAGAUUCCUGAGGCUCGCUGCUUCUACGGCUUCCAGAUCAUGAUGGAGAACAUCCACUCCGAGACAUACUCGCUGCUCAUUGACACUUACAUCAAGGAGCCCGCCCAGCGCACCUACCUCUUCAACGCCAUUGACAACAUUCCCUGCAUCCGCAAGAAGGCCGACUGGGCACUGCGGUGGAUCACCGACACCAAGUCCACCUUUGCUCAGCGCCUCAUCGCCUUUGCUGCGGUCGAGGGUAUCUUCUUCAGCGGUGCUUUCGCCUCCAUCUUCUGGUUGAAGAAGCGUGGUUUGAUGCCCGGCCUGACCUUCUCCAACGAGCUCAUCUCCCGCGAUGAGGGUCUGCACACGGACUUCGCCUGCCUGCUCUUCUCCCACUUGAAGAACCGCCCCAGCAAGGAGCUCAUCCAAGAGAUCAUUGUCGAUGCUGUCAACAUCGAGCAGGAGUUCUUGACCGAGGCCCUGCCUUGCGCUCUUCUCGGCAUGAACGCCAACCUCAUGAAGCAGUACAUUGAGUUCGUCGCCGACCGUCUUCUCGUCGCCCUCGGCAACGAGAAGGUCUGGCGCUCCUCCAACCCCUUCGACUUCAUGGAGAACAUCUCUCUUGGCGGCAAGACCAACUUCUUCGAGAAGCGUGUCGGUGACUACCAGAAGGCUGGUGUCAUGAACAGCACCAAGAAGCCCGUCGUUGAGGAGUCGCCCAAGGAGAACGACAACGGUGGUGACUUCAGCUUCGAUGAUGACUUUUAAACGUCUCAUCCCAAGUCAUUGCUGUUCCCUUCUCUCUCUCUCGAUACCCCUUACUAUCCCGAUAGAACACCGCUCUUGUGUAUAUUUGGCCUGGCGCUUCUUUUUUGUCUAUCCCUACUCCUGCAUGGCAUUAGAGGACGAGCGAGCAAUCCGGUUGCAACCUGAUCUCGAUCUACUCGCAUCUCUUAAGUCAUUUAUGUUUAUAGUUGGUCGCACGCAGCACAUGUUUUACUUUGGUACAAUUUUGGCGUUGAGGGGUUUUAUGAUACGGUUUCUUCG